AUGGCCAUGAACAAUGCUACAACAGUGUUUGAGUUUUUCCUUAUUGGAAUCUCUAACUAUCCUGAGUGGCGAGUCACAUUUUUCACAUUGGUGCUAAUAACUUACCUCACCAUAUUGUUGGGGAAUGGAUUUAUCAUCAUUCUUAUCCACAUUGACCCACGCCUCCACACUCCAAUGUACUUCUUUCUUAGUAACUUGUCUUUCUUAGACCUUUGCUAUGGAACAGUCUCCAUGCCCCAGACCUUGUUGCAUUGUUUUUCUACACAUCCCUACCUUUCUUAUCCAAGAUGUUUGACCCAAAUGAGUGUCUCCUUGUUCUUGGCCACAGCAGAGUGCCUCUUACUGGCUGUGAUGGCCUAUGACCGUGUGGUUGCUAUCAGCAAUCCCCUACGCUACUUUAUGGUCAUGAAUGGUCCAGUGUGUGUCUGGCUGGCUGCCACCUCAUGGGGGGCAUCACUUGUGCUCACUGCCAUGCUCAUCUUAUCCCUGCAUCUGCACUUCUGUGGGGUUAAUGUCAUCAACCACUUUGUCUGUGAGAUUGUCUCCCUGCUCAAGCUGGCUUGUUCUGAUACCAGCCUCAACGAGCAUAUGAUCCUCAUCACAGGUAUCUUCACCUUGCUCCUACCCUUUGGGUUUGUUCUUCUCUCCUAUGUCCAAAUUGCCACUGCUGUCUUAAAGAUUCGCUCAGCCCAGGGUAGACACAAGGCUUUGUCUACCUGUGGUUCUCAUUUGACUGUAGUGUCAAUCUUCUAUGGCACAGCCAUCUCCACAUACAUGAAACAUCAAUCCAAGUCAUCCCCUAACCUAGACAAGUUUAUCUCAGUGUUUUAUGGGGCUGUGACACCCAUGCUGAACCCUCUAAUAUACAGCCUGAGGAACAAAGACGUUAAAGAGGCAAUGAGAAAAGUUAUGGCAAAAAGAGAAUAA